UCUCUCUCUCUCCCUCCCUCCCCUUUCGCGACCCUCCCGGCCCUCUCCUCCCUUCCCCACCCGCCACCUCCAUUGCCCACCCCUGCGCGCCCAGUCGCCCUUUUCUCCCAUUUCUACGUCAACAUGAUGCAAUUUUUCCUCCUCAUCAAUCGCCAGGGCAAGGUUCGCCUGGCCAAGUGGUUCGUGCCGACCCCGACCUCCGAGAAGAACAAGAUUGCCCGCGAGGUCGCGCAGCUUGUCCUGAGCCGGCGUAACAAGAUGUGCAACUUCAUCGACUGGAAGGAUCGCAAGAUUGUCUACCGUCGCUAUGCCUCCCUUUACUUCAUCACCACCGUCGACAACGACGACAACGAGCUGUAUGCCCUGGAGGCCAUCCACCAGUAUGUCGAGGUUCUCGACCGCUACUUCGGCAACGUGUGCGAGCUCGAUCUCAUCUUCAACUUCCACAAGGCCUACUUUGUCCUUGAUGAGGUUCUCCUCGGCGGUGAGCUCCAGGAGUCCUCCAAGAAGGCAAUCCUCAAGAGUGUCGCUCAGCAGGAUAAUCUCAUGGAGAGUCCCGAGCACGCCCCCAUCUCUGAGAUCUGAGAGUCUCCCUCUCCUCUCCUCCCUUUCUCUUGGCCAGGCCCGGCACAUAGUUUCCGCCCGAAAUGCACCUUCCCCCUUGUACUUGCCAUCAACCUGCCUGGGUCGGGCUCUCCCCAUCCCGGUCGACUGUGCAUCCCUUCACAACUAUACAAACACAAAACCAUGCAA